AUGAUGUCCACCAACCCCUUCAACAUCAGCACUGUGAACCACCAAACCUUUGUCCUCGUUGGCAUUCCUGGUAUGGAGGAGCGCAACUCUUGGAUGGCCUUCCCUCUCUGUCUACUCUAUGUCUUAACUCUCUUUGGAAAUGUGGUGAUCCUCUUUGUCAUCAAGACAGAGCAAAGCCUCCACGCACCCAUGUAUCUCUUCCUCUCCAUCCUCGCCUGCUCAGAUCUGGGCGCCACUGUGUGCACCAUGCCAACGAUGCUGGGUGUUUACUGGUUUGACUCCAGAGAAAUCUCAUUCAGUGCCUGCAUCACUCAGAUGUUUUUCAUCCAUCUGUUUCAAUGGAUAGAGUCUGGCAUCCUUGUGGCAAUGGCUUUUGACCGAUUUGUUGCCAUACACAACCCUCUAAGAUACACUUCACUUCUCCCAAAUACAGUAAUUGGAAAAAUUGGACUAGCCAUCUUGGCUAGAGCUUUCUGUGUCUGCUUACCUACCCCCUUCCUUAUUAAACGGCUACCCUUCUGCCGCUCCAAUGUGCUCUCUCACUCCUAUUGUCUCCAUCAGGAUAUAAUGCAUUUGGCCUGUGCAGACACAACAGUCAAUAUCUUGUAUGGUUUGAUUGCAGUCAUUUGUACAUUAGGUUUGGAUGUCAUGAUCAUUCUUGUCUCGUACAUCCUGAUUCUGAAGACUGUCCUGAGCAUUGCCUCCCGUGAAGAACGUUCCAAGUCUUUGAACACCUGCGUCUCACAUAUCUGUGCCAUCUUGAUUUUUUAUAUACCAAUGAUUGGUGCCAGUGCCGUUCAUCGGUUUGGAAGACAGCUGUCUCCCAUUGUUCACAUGAUGAUGGCCAACAUCUACAUUGCAGUCCCACCCGUUCUUAAUCCUAUUGUUUACAGUGUUAAAACACAUCAGAUUCGACAAAGGAUACGCAAAAUGUUCCAGCAAACAAAAUGA